GGAAUGGUGAUUGAAUCCUCGAAAGGUAACUAUGUGGUGAUGAAACUUUUGGGUGAAGGUGGAUUUGGGGCUGUAUACAAAGUUCGUGAUCAAAAAAAUCCACUGAAUGAGUACGCAAUGAAAGUUGAAAAGAAGCUGAAAAGUCGCCGACAUUCAAAGUUGAAGAUGGAGAACCAUUGGAUGUUGAGCGACCUAAGAACUAUUCAAGCACAGAUAGCAAUUCUGAAAGUCGUAUCACAAGAGAGGAAGCAAUCCCAUUUCACUGUGAUCAUCGAUCGAGGAAAGAAAGCGAAAUUCUACUUUCUCGUCAUGGAACUUGUUGGUAGCAGUUUAGCUUCACUAAAGAUGUCACUACCGACACGGAUGUUUUCGUUGUCUACCGCUAUGGGAGCCAGUAUUCAAUGUCUAGAGGCCUGCGAGGAUCUUCACAAGUAUGGAUUCAUUCAUCGUGAUUUGAAACCGGCUAACUAUGCAUGUGGCUUAGGAGAGAAAAGAAGAAUUGUGUACAUCCUCGAUUUCGGAAUUGCACGAAAAAUCUUGAAUUCAAAAGGCGAACUGAAGGCGCCACGUGAAUUUGUACGAUUUAAGUGGUUUCUUAAGGGAACGAUUCGUUUCGCAUCAAUAGCUUGCCAUAGAAAUGUUGAGAUGAGUGCAAAGGACGAUUGUGAAUCGUGGUUCUAUAUGCUGCUCGACUUUUUAGCUCCAAGAGGUUCUACUUCCAAUUUGUUUCAGUACUAA